AUGUCUUCAAAAGCAGACGAUACGCUCGUCUCAGAAAUACAGGUAAACGAUGAAUCUGCAGCAUAUGGAAGUACCGGAAAUGAAGGACAAAACAAACCCUUCGAUACUAGUAAUAUUCAUCUUAAGAUCAUCAUGUCGUCUUUGUAUCUUAAUGUGUUCCUCUCCUCGUUGGAUUCAACACUUGUUUCCACACUUUUUGGUGUGAUUGCAGCCGAUUUGAAAUCGUUUUCUAACAUAUCAUGGAUUGCAACGAGUUAUCUAUUGUCCCGUGCGGCUUUUCAACCAUUAUUGGGUAAGCUCUCUGAUGUCUUUGGCAGGAAAUCUUUGAUUCAGCUAUCUAUGCUCAUAUUUGCAGUGGGAUGUCUCUACUGCUCACUAAGUAAAUCUUUAUGGCAUCUUGUCGUCGCGAGAUUUAUAACUGGUGGUGGUGCUGGUGGUAUGAAUGCUAUGUCUGCGAUAACAGUUACCGAUUUGGUUCCUUUAAGAAAAAGAGGUCUCUACCAGGGAUAUGUCAGCACAUUCUUUUUUGUGGGAUCAAUUCUUGGUGGUGUUGUUGCCGGUAUGUUUCAACAAACCAUCGGAUGGAGAGCUUCCUUUCUUGUUCAGGUUCCUGUCGUCCUUUUAAACUCGUUGGUAAUCCAGUUGUUCUUCAGUUUGCCAAAAGGUCGGUCUGGAAAUGGAAUACAAGGUCAAUCUACAUUGCAGAAGCUUAGAAGUUUGGAUUAUGUCGGUUCGUCUUUAUUGGUUCUCUCGUUACUUGGUCUGAUGAUAUCAUUUUCCUUAAUGAGCAAUCAUUUCAGUGGAAAUGAGGUUGCAAUAACUGUGGUUUUCCUUGCAAGCAUUGCUGCCUUUGGCUGCUUUUUCUUCUAUGACUUAAAGGUUUGCGCCGAUCCAAUAUUGCCAGUAGAACUGCUUUUCAAUAAAUCCAUUUUGCACACAUGCAUUGCGAAUUGGUUUUUAUCCAUGAAUGUUUUCUCUUCCACGUUUUACAUACCAUUCUACUGGAACAGUGUUAUGAAUGUUUCUCCACUUCAGUGCGGUUUCAGAAUGAUUCCAUGUAUGAUUGGUAGUGCUACCUUUUCCACAUUUGCUGGUUAUAUUAUAAAGAAAACGUGCAGCUACAAGAAGCUGAAAUAUGUUUGCGGAAUUUUAACUAUAGUAGGAAGUGUGAUUGUUUUUACUUCCAACAGAGAUGAAUCAACGAUUUUUGAAUAUUUCGUUACAGUACCUAUGAGAUCUUCCUCAGCUGCCUCUAUCACAACAUUGUUAGUUGCUAUCAUUUCAUUUGUCGAGCAGAAAGAUCAGGCACUUGUCAUAUCUAUUCAGAGUUGCUUUAAAUCGGUCGGUUCAACAUUAGGUGUGUCCAUCUCAGCUGCUAUUCUUCAAGUUCUUCUUAAAUUCUCAAUAGCGUCCAACUUCGGUCAAUUGAAAAACAUUCCUGAUAAGUUCUCCCAAAAGGAUAUCAAUGAUAUUAUUCGUAACGCUUUGAUGGAUCCGAACUAUGCUGCUAGAGAAGCACCCCACUUUUUCAAAAAUGCUAUUCUCAAGUCGUACGACUUUGCCUGUCAUGGAGUCUUUGUGUUUAUGUUCUUAACGGCGUUUAUGACAUUCUAUGAGAUGACAAGAAUGAAAUGUGUUCGACUUCGGGACAAAAAUUGA